AUGUUCCACCUGUUAAAGGGCAAACGCGCGCCCAAUUUUCGGAGCGCCCUCAUUAAGAACAUGUCCAAUAGCUCAUCCCCCAAGGAAGAAAAUACCCCCCAAAAUACCACCAAACAAAUUAUCGACCUCAGCAAUGACGCAAUCAACAAAAUGAAACAAAUAAAUUUGAAGUAUAAAAAUUCAAAAGCCUUGAAGGUAUCCGUAGAAGCUGGGGGGUGCUCAGGUUUCCAGUAUUCCUUCUCUCUAAUCGAUAAAACAAACAUACAGGAAAAGGACCUAGUCGCUUAUAAUAGGGAAUGCCUCGUCGUGAUUGACAAAGGAGCAGCUGAAAUGCUCAAGAAUUCAAAAAUAGACUACACCAAUAAUCUGAUAGCAAAGAAGUUUGUUCUCGAGAAUAUUCAGAACCUCUCAUCUAAGUGCUCCUGUGGCAACUCGUUUGAUAUCAAACUUUUUUAA